AUGGAAACUGAAAUGAAUUCUUCUUCUUAUACAGGUAUACCUAAAAAUUAUAGAUUAGUGCAAAUCAAUAAGGAGAGCAUGCAAAAGGAAGAAAAAGUAGAGCCUAAUCUUGGGUUUGAGAAGAAAGAAAAAGAAGCAUUUUCUAGACCUGAAUUUCAUAAGGCAGCUCAGCCUUACCAACCAAAGAGAGCAGAAAGGAUAAAAAGAAAAUUUAAAAGUAUUGAGAUGCUCUCAAAAGUUCCUACUAAUUUACUUUUGUUGGAUGUUAUCAGGAAUAAGCCAGCUUAUACAAAAUUUUUUGAAGAGUUGAACACCAACAAAAGGCGAUAUAUGAACAAUAAAAAAGUACAAGUAGCAAGUGUAAUGCUUCAACAUCAGUUGCCCCUUAAGAUGAAGGAUCCUGGUAGCUUCACCAUUAAUAUAACAAUAGGUGACAAAAAGGACACAAAAGCCACGUUAGAUUUGGGAGCAAGCAUCAACUUGAUGCCUUACUCGAUGUAUGAACGACUUGGCUUGGAAGAGUUGAAGCCUACCACUAUGUCUCUACAAUUUGCAGACAGAACGAUGAAAUAUCCUAGAGGUAUAGUGGAAGACUUGCUAGUACAAGUAGGUAAGUUAAUAAUUCCAGUUGAUUUUGUAGUACUUGACAUGGAAAACACACCAAAAAGAGAUAAUGAGCAAACUAUACUCAUUGGUAGACCUUUCAUGGCAAUUACUAGAGCUGUGAUUGAUGUGCAUGAUGGAAAACUUACCAUAACAGUUUUAGGAGAAACUGUGGAACUUAAAGUGUUUAAUUCUCUAACUUUAUCUACUAUUGAUAAGUGUUCAUAUAAUUAUUUAGAUAAUCUUGUUUAA